AUGCCUGUCAAUUCAGCGCCCGCCGGCCAAGUGGCCGAAAGCAAAUCGAAGAAGAACAAGAAGAAGAAAGGUGGAAAGGCCGGAGCGCAGAGCGAGAAGGAUGGGAAUACUGGCGCGAACCCCGCGGAUACUAAAAAGGAUGAGCAGCAUGACGAACAAGUGGACAUGGACUCUGAUAGUGCUACGGUGAACGGAUCACAAGAGGCUGAACCAUCGACGUCAAUUACGGAGAGCCUUCAGAAUCUCUCAACCCAAGACCGAACGUCGCACUCGAACGCAAAUAAACCAGAAUCGGAUACCAUCCCAAUGAAGAAUGAAGUGGGUGACCGAGGCGCUGACGAUAGAUUUGAUGUCCUUGUGCGGGAUCGAGACUCUCUUCGGGAAGAGGUCAUCGAGAUGCGCCGUUCCCUUGAGGAGAUACAAAGCAAGCACGAUGAGGAAAUGGAAACCAUGCAAGAAAGGCUCCGAGUCUCAGAAAGCCAGAAAGAACAGGCUGAGUCGCAGUUCCACAGCUUAUUAGGGAGAGUGAAUACAAUCAAAUCUCAACUGGGCGAGAGGUUGAAGGCUGACGCCGAAGAAUUGACUGAGAAGCGAACCCAAAUUGAGCAGUACGAAAGCGAAAACGCCUCUCUGAGAGCUGAAUUGGAGGCUAGGUCUUCGAAUCUAUCGUCUCUAGAAAGCGAACGCGAGCAACAGUCAAAAGAGCUCUCCAGUCUACGAAAUAGAAUAAACCUCGCCCAGCAGAAUUGGGUAAAGGAGAAAGAGGAGCUAUUGACGCAAGAAUCAGAAUUGCGAACUGAAUUUGAAGAAGCUAAGCAGGCAAUGCAUAGCUGGGAGAUAAUUGCCAUGGAGGAGCGGUCUAUUCGGGAAAGCCUUGGAGAAAAAGUUAUAGACUUGGACGAACAGCUGUCGGCACUCAGGACGGAUUACGAGAAAGUGACAUCCGAUUAUAACUCUCAGGGAGUGGCAGUUGAAGGCCUCCAAAAAGCGUUAAAAGAAAUCCAAGCCGCUCGAAAGCAAGAGCUACGAGAACUGGUGGAGAGUACCAAUGCACAAGUAGAGGAGGUUCGAAAGAAACUGGACGAAGCAGAGAAGCGUGCUGCCGAGGCUGAUGCUGCCCGGGAAGAAACGCAAAAGAGCCUUGAAAAAGCCCUGCCGUUUGAGAAGGAGGUCAAGGAGAAGAACCUGCUCAUAGGGAAGCUUAGACAUGAAGCCGUUACAUUGAACGAGCAUCUCACAAAGGCUUUACGGUUUUUGAAGAAAGGAAAGCCUGAAGAUAACGUGGAUAGGCAUCUUGUUACGAACCACUUUUUGCAUUUCCUCUCGCUUGAUCGGUCGGACCCUAAGAAGUUCCAGAUACUGCAACUUAUUGCUGCUCUCCUAGGGUGGAACGAUGAACAACGGGAGCAAGCUGGUCUUGCUCGACCUGGUGCCUCAGGGGGUUAUAACAGCCUUAGAGCUCCACGGUCACCGUCCAUGUUCAAAACCCCUAGCUCGCCCUCUCUAGCAACAGGGUACUUCGGUACUAAUACAGACACACGGAAAGAGUCUCUAGCUGAGCUAUGGUCGAAUUUCCUUGAGCAAGAAGCGCGCGCAGAGGGAAAGCUGCCGGAGCCUGGAAACGAGAACUCCUUAGACAAGACUGCAUCAUGA